AUGUGCGACAUCAUCCUCACCUCACCCACCGCCGACUUCGGCCAACCUGAGAUCAACCUCGGGAUCAUCCGGGGCGCUGGUGGCACCCAACGACUUACGCAUCUCAUCGGCCAAUCACGCGCCAUGGAAAUCAUCAUCACUGGUCGUAAAAUCAACGCAUCCGAAGCAGAAAAUUGGGGAAUUGUCACACGAAUCGUUCCGGAGGGUAAAAACGUAGUUGACGGAGCUGCCGAAAUCGCUGGCGUCACUUCACAGAAGGGUGCGAUUACGAGGAGGACCACGACGGAGUAUGUGAAAGAGGCUAGUAAGCUAGUUCUGCAAGAGGGAUUGGCAUUUGAAAAAAGGGCGCUCCAAGCGUGUUGGUGGUGA